AUGUGGAUUGUUUUCCUGGGUGCCGAUGGCGGUUUGGGCCACAUUGUCGUUCAGUAUGUGCCCAAAACAACGGGCAUGCGCAUGACUGGCUUCGACGGAGGCGAUAACAAGGCGGGCCUCGUCAAAUCUCUCGGGGCUGAUGCCUUCUUCGAUUUCUCCAAAGGAAAGGACAUUCUGGCCCAAGCCAUGGAGCUGACCACACACGGGGCGCACAGUGUGCUUUGCUUUGCGGCCACAAAACAGACCUAUGCAUCGGCGCCCGAAUAUGUGUAUGUUGGUGGAGCGGUGAUUAUCGUUGAGCUGCUCAAGGAUACCACCGCGGUGCCCGGUGCGCCUCCCAUCAUUUUCACGGCUAAGAGGCUGAAGAGAGUCAGCCCCAAGGACGUCGAAAUCAAUGUCACGGGAACUCCCAAUGAUGUUGAAGAAGCAUCCGACUUCGCGGUUCGAGGACACUGGUGCAUCGCAUAUCGGCUAAAGGAACCUUCGCCGACGCAACAGAAACAACGGCCACCCGGGCCGCAAUCACACCGGAGGAUCGUCUCUUCAUCAACGGAGAGUAUGAACAGCAAGAAGUUCGACAUCAUCAAUCCGGCCACUGAGAAAUUGGCAGCGAUCAUCUACAUAGCAGAUGUUGACGAUGUUGACAUCGCUGUCAAGGUCGCCAAAGUUGCGGUCACAGCCUGGACGGAGUCAGGAGCCCUGGCACCCGUGGGUUAUCUUUUCAGACUUGCCGAUGCCUUGAACAAGCAUGCCGACGAACUCGACUACCUGGACGCCAUUUGCAUGGGAAAGCCCAUAGGCAAUUUCGAGCAAAAGCAUCCCCUUUCAGUCCUUGUCAUAGGCCAUCUCUGCCAGGAGAUCGACCUGCCCAAGGGCAUGCUCAAUAUCCUCUCGGAAAUCGGUCGACCAUGCUAUGAGGCGCUCGCCAAAGACAGGGUCAGCAGGGUCCAGAUGUCAAACCAGCCACCACCAGAUCAAAUGUCAAGAGACGUACACAAAGUCAUUCCAAAUAGGGCAGAACAAUAG